UUGUGGACUAAUAGAGGGCCGGGUCAACCCACAUUGGGAGUAGUGUUUUAAAAUUAAACAUAAAAUAUAAACGAAGCUCAACAGUUUCUAUAGUCUCUCAGCAUUUUCUUCACACAAUCCUUCAACAAUGAGCCGCCAUCCAACAGUCAAAUGGGCCCAGAGGUCUGAGGAACUAUCCAUAACAGUUGAGUUGCCUGAUGCUCAGGAUGUGAAACUCAAAGUUGAGCCAGAGGGAAAAUUUUACUUCUCGGCAACUGCUGGUGCAGAGAAGAUUCCGUAUGAAGUCAAUGUUGAUCUGUUUGACAGCAUUGAUGUAAAUGAUAUAAUAACCAGUGCUAGUUCGAGACAGAUCUGCUACUUGGUGAAAAAGGCCGAGAACAAAUGGUGGGACAGAUUAUUGAAGCAGGGAGGGAAAAUUCCUUCCUUUCUGAAAAUUGAUUGGGACAAGUGGGUUGAUGAGGAUGAAUAUUAUGAGCAAGAGGCCAAACCUGCAUCUGAUAAGGACUUAGGCGACAUUGACUUUUCUAAGUUGAACAUGGGAGGGGGUGACGGCUUGGAACUUGAUGCUGCAGGCGAUGACGAUGAUGAUGAAAGUGACUCGGAAGAGGAGGAUACCGAUGAAGCAUCUUCUGGCAUUGAGGUAGAUCCAAAAGACACCGUCAGCGGCGACAGAACCGUUGCACCUGACACCAAAGCAUAAAAAUUUGAGAUAGUUUUGACUGUGUAAGGACAAGUUUUUUGAAAGCCAACGUACCAAAAACCUUCUCGGGGUUAACUAGUUAUUCGGUCCUGACAAGUUCAGUUUUUGUGGCUGGAAUUUUUUUACCUUAUUGACAUAUAUGAAAUGGUUCUGAGAAUGUUAUUUAUUUGUUUAUGUUGGAGUCUACAAUGCAUCGAUGAAGAUUGUUCUUGUGUGUAUGCUUACAUUCAAGAUUAUCCGAGUUUAACGGUUAUUCUUAAUUUGUUUGUGUUCUUAGUUACUCCUGAGAUGAAAUGCAGUGGACAAUGGCUUGAAAUUGAUA